CCAAGACGCCGUCUCCUAGUCUCCCCGUCACAACGGCGAUAUCUGGCCCCCCUUCCCAGGCCAUUGGCGGGUACGAACAAUAUUCCGCGAUGAAUACCGCGCCUCCAGAUAUGUACUACCAAGCUACGCACAUGUCUGCAGGCCCUGCGCCCCAACCACAAACUGUGACAUCAAACGCGCUACCCCAAUAUGGCCAUCAGCAACCAACGUUAUUACAACCAGGCCCAGCACAAUACUCUGCCCCUCCGUACCAAUACGGCUAUGCGAAUGGAUUGACGUCUCCUCAGUCUGCACCGCCGGCCGUUUCGGGUUCCAUGGGCGCCCAAAAUGUCCUACCCCUUCCCGGAGUUCCCAAUCAGGGAGGUAUGCAGAAUCAGUACCAAGGAUUUGACACGACAGGUCAAGUUGCGCCGCCGGGGAUGAAACCCCGCGUUACGGCCACGCUUUGGGAAGAUGAGGGUAGCCUGUGCUUCCAAGUUGAGGCUAAGGGUAUUUGCGUUGCGCGUCGGGAAGAUAAUCACAUGAUAAAUGGUACCAAGUUGCUCAACGUCGCUGGAAUGACCCGCGGGAGAAGAGACGGAAUUCUGAAAAGCGAAAAGGUACGGCAUGUUGUCAAGAUUGGGCCCAUGCACCUCAAGGGAGUUUGGAUUCCCUUCGAGCGAGCUCUUGACUUCGCCAAUAAAGAGAAGAUUACGGAGCUGUUGUACCCACUGUUCGUUCACAACAUUGGAGCUUUAUUAUAUCACCCUACAAAUCAGAACAGAACAAAUCAGGUCAUGGCCGCAGCCGAGCGCCGAAAACAAGAGCAAAGCCAAAUGCGGAACGGCCCGGGUCCGACGCCUCCCGGUGGCGUCUUGCCGUCAAUACAGCAGCACCACCAUCACAUGGGAUUACCAGGACCUCAACCGCCACUUCCCUCUCACAAUCCAGGACGACCGUCCCUUGACCGGGCACACACGUUCCCGACGCCGCCGACAAGCGCAUCAAGCGUGAUAGGAAGCAUGGGCUCAUCUGAGAAUUUCCAAUGGAGUCAACAGGGGAUGAGUGGCGCCCAAGGUCCCAACCCUAUGUCCAUUGAUACGGGUCUUAGCAAUGCCGCACGAUCCAUGCCGGCUACUCCCGCAACUACACCUCCGGGAAAUACACUACAGAGCAUGCAGCCUUACUCGCAGAGUAGUCAACCUUAUGACAAUUCUCGUGCGGUAUAUAAUGGUCAAACUACUCAACAUUCUCCUUACCCACCCUCAAAUAGCAGCCCGCAAGAGAGGAACAUCUAUGGCCAACCGAGUUCCUACAUGAAGAGCGAGAUGGGCCCUCCAGCCGGUCGUCCAGCCGGUCCUAAUGAGCAGGCUGAUGUCAAACCGUCAAAUGGAUUACUGCAACACAAUGACGGUGUUCCUCACCAGUCCGGCGAAGAUGAAGCUGAGCAUGAGAACGAAUAUACUCAUGACAACAAUGGUUACGACACCAAUAGAACAUCGUAUAAUUAUAACGCCCCGCCUGUCACGGCGUUACAAGGCGAUCACCAACAUAUUCCUGAGAUAACCGGGUCGCCUAAUCAUCAAGCCGGAUCUGGACGAGCCACACCCAGAACCGCUGCACCGCCGCAACCGUAUUACGCCCAGCAAGCAGGAUACAGUACGCCGCCGCGUGUGCCACCCUCGAGCAACCUUUUUAAUGUAAUGAGUGGCGAUCGGGCGCCCACUAAUGGCGCGCCACCGCCGGAUGUUUAUAGCUCGCAAAACGAUAUGGGCGGUCCAAUGCAAAAUGGUUAUGGUGCUCAGCCAGUUAUGAAUGGCGGACCAGGCGCGUUGAAAAGAGGCCGCGAUGACGAAGACGACCUACCUCGUCCCUCGAGCGGUGGGCUGGACCUGAAACGUCGGAAAACGGUGAUGGAUGGGCCCAUCGCUCCCGGAUACGACACGAUGAGCCGGCCUGCUUCAGUGGUGGCCCGUCGGCGAUAGCCUCGACCUGGACCUUAUCCAAUGUGUCAUGCUGAUGUUUUCUUUUCUGUGCGCAUUAAUCCGGGUGUUGGGGCACUUGUGCGAAAAUCGAUUCUUUUGAGACGAAUCACUUCCGCGCCAUAGAGUGCAAUGCCGACUACGAGACACUCCUUUAUUUGUUCUUUUCCGCGUCUUUUGUAUUCGCCGCGACAGCUCAUCAUCAUGUUUAGGCCCCAUCCAUCAGAAGACACGAUGACGAAAAUUACGACUUCUUGAUUGUUAUUAACAGCCGUUAAAAGGCCGUGUAAAUGCUUCACGAUUUAACGCGUCGCAUGGUGGACCUUAAUUUUUUUUGAGAUGAUCAUCGAUUACUUCUUUUUUUUUAUGCUGAGGACAACGAGACACUCGAGCAACGCAAAAGUCCCGCCUAUUACGAUUUCUAGGCGAGUAAUGUUCAUGACCGAGGCUGAAUUUGUUUUACUUUGUUCAUCACAUCCAUCAGCCUCGUAGAGCACGUGAGGCUGCUGGUACAAUUAUUUUCCUAGUGACGACAUAAUGACGACCCGAUUUUCUUCUAUUCACCAAAAGGAUGUG